CUCACACCUCCUCUCUCACAAGAGCAUCAAGCAGACCUCUGGCCUGCCCUUUCCCAGGGCUCCUGGCUUGCUGUUUGGGAGUCCUGCCCGCCCCUGGAGACGACAGCCGUGAGUGGGAGGCCAUCUUCCAAACUAAUAGAGGAGCACCAUGAAGCCUAGUGCCAGCUGCCUCUCCCUCCUGGGCCUUGUCACCUUCUGCCUGGCCAUGAUGACCCUCGGAGGGCCAAGGAAAAGUCUCUCCGACCUCUGUCAGCUGCCACCAGCCAAAGGCCAAUGCUCCUCUGGAGAGGACGGAGUGCCAGUGCGCCGCUAUUACUACUACUCUCCUGCUGCGCAGUGUCUGCCCUUCAACUACAGCGGGUGCGGUGGCAAUGAGAACAGGUUCAAUAACCGGAAGAAAUGCCUGGCAGCCUGUGGGAUCCCUGGUAUCCCCCCAAUCUGCCAGCUCCCACGGAGAAAGGGCCCCUGCAAUGAGGAACGCCUUCAAUUCCACUUCAACACGACCACCCGCACCUGUGAGCCUUUUUUCUAUGGUGGCUGUGGAGGUUUCCUCAACAGGUUCCAGACUGAGGAGGAAUGUCUGACGACCUGCUUGUCCCACGGGAGCUGAGGGAGCGAAUGAGCAGGGGCAGAGCCUGUACUCCGGAAGCCAAGAAUGCCAGCCACCUGGCAAUGGGGAGGUCACCCGUUGUUCCUUUCCUGACCAUCCUUCCCAGGAUCCAGAUCUCCAGCGUGUCCUCAUCCACUCCAGGGACUGUGAUUUGGCCAGUUUACUGGGUGAAUAAAACAUUUAAAGCAA